AUGAUUAAGAAUCGCAUUAAAGUCGCCAAAAACAUUUGUAAAAUAAAACUGUUUACUGCCAGCAAAGCAAACCAGCUGCUGGCUAGUUGGCUCUGCCUCUUCUCCGACAACGGGGCAUCUCCGAUUGCAACAGCAGGUGGAGUGUAUCCUCUUGCUUGGCGCGGCCAGUCGUUGCUGUCAACUCGUCGCUGCAAGAUGUGCAAGGGUCUGGGCUUCAGCACCGGAUUUGUGGCGCUCUGCGCAUUCAUCUGCUGCUUUGGUGCGCUGCACAUGCUCAACAAGAUCGUGCACAUCAACGAGGAGGUGGCACUGCGCACAGAGUACAAACUGCCGCCAGGUGGGAGCGAUCGCUGUCAGCGGACAUUCAUUGUGGACGGUGCAGGUAAUGCGCAUAUCACCUGGCUGGAACUGUUCUACAUGAAAUGGACGCUAGUGCUAACUAUUUUCUAUACAUUCAUUGUCAUGGUGCUCAUACGGGCUCAAUACUUGAGUCACUUUGAUAUUAAUUUCAUUACCUCCAAUGCGAUGAUGCUCGUUGGCGGCGUCCUCUCUGUGGUCCUGUUCAUUGCCACUGUCAUACUGCACGAGCGUAUGCCCUUCAUGGAGGUCUGGUGCAAUGAGUUUAUCGUUGGAUUCAUGUACUUCAUAGCCAUCAAUAUAUGCGUGGCUGUCGUCUUUUUCCUCAUCCACUCAUGUCAAUAUUAUUUUCAAUUGGAGGAGCGCGGUUUUUGAGGAAGAAGCUCUUAUUUAUAACUGAGAUUGAAAGGGUUGAAAAUGUUUCGCAUUUAAUUUAAGGUAAAUGACACUAUUUUCGAAUCCUGAUGCAAUUUUAAAUGUUUUAAGAAUUUUAAAUUCCAGUUCUAGAAAUGAGCGUACGAAAUUACUCUGUGAAUGUUCACAAAUUAAUUUAUAAACAUUUUUAAUCAUGGUCUAUGAACACAAAUGCUUUUGUUAUAAAUAUAUGCUUAUGUUAUAGUUA